AUUUCGAAAAAAUAUUUGUAAAGUUUAUGCAACUAGUUCAUUGAAUUUGAAAAUUGUAUGUUAUAAAAUAGCUAGGUGUUUUACAAUACUUAUUAAUAUCGAUAUUUUGCAUAAAGACAUAAUACUAACAGUUUUAUAAUACUUAAUAUUCAUUAUUUUACUGUGUCGUUAUUUCAGGUGGUAGCAUAGAUUAAUAUUCUAGUAUUAUUAAUAUAAUUGUAGUGUUCACGCUUAAAGAAGUAUCAAAUGAAAUCAUUUAAAGUGACAAAUAGAUCAAUAAAAUGAAAUCAUUUGAAGUGACUUAUAGAACUGAUUGAUCGUUACAGAAAUUCCACAUUUAAUUUGGAAAUCGUUAUAAUUUGACUAAUUUAAAUACUAUGUCUUAUUUCAAGUAAUCAUUACAUAUCUUAACUCAAUAUGGCACCAGGUAAAAAAGGAAAAGUCCAUGGAAAACGUUCUAACCAUCAUGUAACUAAAAAUUAUGCUGAAAGAAUGAGUGAUUUAAAGCUACAGUCUUCAGAUGAGAGCAGCUCUUCAGAUGAUGAAUCUAUUGCACACAUAACAUUUCCAAUAAAAAUGUGGGAUCUAAAUCACUGUGACCCUAAAAAAUGUUCCGGCAGGAAACUCCUCAGACAUAGACUGAUUAAAAACCUUAAACUUGGUCAGAGAUUCAGAGGGAUUGUAUUAUCUCCUAUUGGUUCCCAGUGUGUCAGCCCAAAUGAUGACAGUAUCAUAAAAGAACAUGGAAUUGCUGUUAUAGAUUGCUCUUGGGCUAAAAUUGAUGAAACCCCUUUUGGGAAAAUGAAAUCAAAUCAUCCUAGAUUAUUACCAUUUCUAGUUGCUGGUAACCCUAUAAAUUAUGGUAAACCAUAUCAACUAACAUGUGUUGAAGCUAUAGCCGCUGCUUUAUAUAUAACUGGUUAUCAGAGAGAGGCAGAGUUUUAUUUAUCUAAGUUUUCCUGGGGACAUUCUUUUUUAGAACUUAACUCUGAAGUUUUGGAUUUAUAUGCAGCUUGCACUGAUAGUAAGAGUGUGAUAGAGGCCCAGACAAAGUAUCUAGAAAGUGCUGGGGAGGAAGGGGACACUAGACCUUUAUGGCCUCCUAGUGAAUCAGAUGCUGAAUCUUGUAGUAGCUGAUAGAUAAAUUUAUUUGUCUAGUAAUAAAUAUUUAUAUGUCUUGUAAAUAGGAUAUAAUUAUCAUAAAAGAUAUACAAGUUUGCAUAGUGUUUGACUAAGUGCAGUUGAAAAUAAUUAUUGUUAUUAACACCUAUAGUGUUUGCUCUGCAAUGAUAAUUUAUUUACAACCUUUACAGAGAUCUUUAUAAGAAUUUAUAAGUUUAAAAAAAAAAAAUCAUUUAGUUUUGUGUCUAUUAAUGGAUGAACUUUGAACAGAGAGGAUUAUCUGCUUUACACUAUUCCAGCCCCCAAUGACUCAGUUAUUGCUUUGAAAUUAUUAGUUCAUAUCUUAUUUGGUCUCCUUUUCUUUUCAUAUCUGCACCUUGUCAACUACUACAUUUUUGUACAAUUCUUUUGUGUCUACAUGUGACUAGUCCUAUAAUUAAAAUUUAUUAUUUUGCUCACUACAAGUAAAAUACUCAUAACAAAAUUUUAAAGGUUCAUUUUUUACUAUUAGCUAAACUUAUAUUAAUGGCUAAAAUAAAAUAAAUACUACAUAUUACUACGGAAUGGAUUUUGAUGUAUCACUAUAAUAUACUCUAAGUGGUAUCUAUUUAUUUGUUCCUGAAAUUGUCUAUGAAGUCCUAACAAAUUGAUAACUAACAGGAAUCCCUCCUGGUGUAAUUAAAUAGAUAUACAAUUAUGUUACAAAUCUUAAAUGUAACUAAGUAAGUUUAGUGUAUAAAAUUGAAAAUGUGAUUGUGUUCUUUCACAUUAAAGCAGUUAUCAACAAAUUUAAGAAAUGGAUAUACUUCUGUAAAUUUCUUUCUAGAAAAAGGUUUCAUUUUUAGAUUUGUUACAUAAUUCAUAUGAGCAUAAAAACUAGUUAUAACUGGAACAGUUUGACGGAGACAUAUCAUUAAUUUUUAAAAGUAGUUAUGUAAAUAUUUAUACAUAUGUAUACCACUGAUCAACUACAAAAUGAUAAUAUUAUACACUUUACAAUUUUUUAAAGAUACAUAGUUUUCUCAUACUAUUCUUUUUUUAAUAAUGUGGGUAUUAAUGAAAUUGGUCAUUUAAAAAUAUAGACAAAUGCUCGUCUCACAUUGAGGUUCCUAAGUAACAUUAACACUUUACCGUUUAAAAAGUAAUCCCCAGACCAGAUUAUCUACUAAGAAACGAGCAAAGGAAAAAGAGUUUUCAAUGUAAUAAAGAACAAUACUAGAAACAAAUCAUUUCGUUACAACUUUUAGGUAUUUAACUUGCUUAUGCAAAUUUUUUCUUUCUAAAUUUGUUAUAAAUUUUUAACCACUUGCAUCUUAUCGUUUUAAAAUUGUGUAUACUUAUGUAAAUUCAGUUACAAUCCAGUGUUAAAGUACUAUCAAGUUGAUCUAAUGGUGAAGAAGGAAGGUGGCCAUAGGAAAAUGUGAAUUCAUUGAAUUUGUCUUGAUAAAACUAUAAUCCUGUAUUGUACCCUAAACCUGAAAAUGGCAGUAAAAACUGUUAUACGAUAUACAAAUACAUAAAUGGUGCCUUCUGUAAUCUUUAAUAUGACAUUUAUUAAUUUUCAUUAGGUCGGCCUUUAGUAGGCAUUCUUUUCAGUAAAACUUUUGAUAUUGCUUCUCCUUUUAUAGUUAAUAGUUCUGUAGUCAAUACACAGUUCAAAAGUUAAUCUGUAUGUAAGAACUAGAUGUUGGUAUAUGUGUACAUAUGUUUGAAAUCGGUGGAAUUAGAGAUCGUUCAACCAAUUACAAUAUGUAUUAUUUUGAGAUUUCUAUAGAAUCUAAUUUGUUGUAAGUCCUUGCUAAAUGACAUUGUAGUAUAUGAAUUGUACUAUGCCACCGCCGGUACCUAGUGUGAGUUGUUCAAAGAAUUGCGUUCAUCUAUAUUUGUGUAUACAUACGUCGUUAAAUUUGUAUAGAAAUUGAAUUUCAUUAACCAUCUGCUGGAGGUGUAGCACACUUCUCGAUACAGAGCGAAGUAAACGCAGCGAUAACAUAAAUCUUUGUACAUCUCGAUUACAAGACAGACUUUAGCCUAACUGGCGCCCUUGGGUAAAUUUUUUGUCAAUAACUUCUGUAUCAUUCAACUGAUCGGCAUGAAAAUUUCAAUAUCUAAUUUAUAAAAUGUUAACUGAUGGAAUAUUUUAGCGCUAUCUACUUUGUUGUAAUUCCUCACUAGACGGCGCUGUAGCACAUUAACUUUUAAACUUCUGUCAUACACAUCAAUUAUUUUUAUCUCAAAUAGCUUUACAGAAAUUAAUAAAUUACAACUUACAUAGAGAGAACGAUGUCCCUCAAGUUUUGCUAAAUAAAUAAUGUAUAUUCGUGUAAUGACUAAGGUGUGUGGUGUAUUAAGUAAUUACUAAAUAUUUCAUUUAAAUAAUGAAAGUGACUAAUAUAGUAAAUAAAGUACGUUUUUUUUUACGUUAGUAUGUUUUUUUUUGUAAAAUUGUCCGAAUGCUAUAGUUAUGCUUAGACUAUAUAGGUAAAUAGAUGAUUUCCAUACAUUGCUUUGACAAAAACAGGUUAACUUUUUUUUAUUCAUAAGUGUGUGAAUAGUAUAACCAUAAUGUACAUUUAUUACUCAGUUUAUGAUGGAUGUCAACUAUUGAAUGACUAAAUUUUGACCAGUUUUUGAUACUUGAUUUAUCUAUAUCUAUAAUCUAAGGGUACCUAUAUGUAACUGAAGAUUGUUCGCCGUCCCCGGUGAAUAAAUAAUAAAAUGAUACCAUCUU